GUUUCUUAAACUCUACUGAGCUUUCUCCUUCUUCUUUUUCGUCUUCUUCUUCAAGAAAUUAUUAAUCGUAAUCUCACCAUAUCUAUAUAUAUAUAUAUAGUUCAAGAAAUUCCUGUAAUUGAUUCUGGGCAUUUGGUACUUUCUCUACUUUUUUUGUUUGACAAAGCCAGCUUGUUCUCAAGCUUAGUUUUUGUUAGGGUUUAAACAAGAAAGGGGGUGGUGUAAAGAAAAGACAAGAAGAAGAAGAAGAAGAAGAACAAGAAGGAGGAGGAAAGUUCUGAGCAGAUUCAAAGGGGGUGGGGGUGGGGGUGGUGGGUUUCGGUCAAGUGAUGCGCUCAGGAACCUGUACAGUUCAGCAGACCCUCACAGCAGAGGCUGCUUCAAUCUUGAAGCACUCUCUAAACUUGGCUCGGCGGAGAGGCCAUGCUCAGGUCACUCCUCUCCAUGUCGCAGCCACUCUGCUGAGCUUACGAGCCAGUCUUUUAAGACGGGCUUGUCUCAAAUCUCAGCCUCCAAACCAUUCUUCUCAUCAUCCGCUUCAGUGUCGAGCUCUCGAGCUUUGCUUUAAUGUCGCUCUCAAUCGCCUCCCGGCCACUCCAGGUCCACUCCUCCAUGCCCAGCCUUCUCUCUCUAACGCUCUGAUUGCCGCUCUUAAAAGAGCUCAAGCUCACCAGAGACGCGGCUGCAUCGAGCAGCAACAGCAACAGCCGCUUUUAACCAUUAAAGUUGAGCUCGAACAGCUUAUUAUCUCCAUCUUGGAUGAUCCGAGUGUUAGUCGGGUUAUGAGAGAAGCUGGGUUUUCAAGCACUGCUGUUAAAAAUAAUAUUGAGGAUUCUUCUUCAGCUUCUGUUUUUCAGUGUUACACUGCUUCAGCUGGCGUUUUCUCUUCUCCUUCUACUCCUGAAACCAACAGAGAUAAUCACCUUCUUCAUCAUCAUCAUCAUCAUCAUAAUAUUAAUAUAAACCCUAGCAAUACUUUCUGGCAAACCCAUUUCUUAACUUACUCAUCUGACCAAAACCCAUUUCUCUUUUCCUCUCAAAACACAGCCAGGCUACUCCCAGCAACCCACAACUUCACUGCAGAUUCACCUUCUGUCAAAGAAGAUAUCAAGUUGGUUCUCCAAGUCUUGCUGAGGAAGAAAAAGAAAAACACUGUCAUAGUCGCCGACUGCGUCUCCAUAACCGAAGCUAUCAUAGCCGAGCUGGUGGGAAAACUCGAGAGAGGAGACGUCCCUGACGAGCUAAAACAAACCCAUUUCAUCAAGUUCGAGUUCGCGCCAGUGGCUUUGAAGUUCAUGAAGAAAGAAGACGUGGAGAAGAAGAUCACUGAGCUGAAAAGGCAAGUAGAUUCUUUCACGUCUUCUAAUGGCGGGGGUGCUAUUUUAUAUACGGGAGACUUAAAAUGGACAGUGAGUGACGAAACUAGUACUGCUACUACUUCUACAGCUGGUAAUUAUAACAACAAUGGCGGAUCAAGAGGACAUAUCUACAACCCAAUGGAUCAUCUGGUCGUGGAGAUCGGAAGGUUAAUAUCGGAAUACAACUCUGUAAAUUCAAAGGUGUGGUUCAUGGCGACAGCAUCUUAUCAAACGUAUACCAAGUGUCAAAUGAGGCAACCUCCUCUUGAGAUUCAAUGGAAUCUUCAAGCUGUUUCUGUUCCUUCUGGUGGACUGGGAUUAAGCCUACAUGGUUCCAGUGGACAUGAAAUCCUGGAAAGAAAGCCAUUUGGUAAUAACAACGAAAAGGAAGAACUCGCUUGCUGUGCAGACUGCACUUCAAAUUAUCAUAAAGAAGCUCAAGCUUUCAACUCUCCACCUCAAAAUAAUCUACUCCCUCCUUGGCUUCAACAACAUGCCUCCACUCCAAAUCAAAAGGAUGAUUUGGUUGAUUUGAGGAAGAAAUGGAACAUACAUUGCCGCAGCCUGCACCAGAGUAAACAAGCUUCAUCUCCAUUGACUUCCAGUCAACCCAGCUUUGUUGGUAAAACUUACUCUUACGCUUCAUCGUGUCCAUGGUGGUCGACUCAGUCCACAAUUUUCCCUGACUCAGCUUCCAUUUCCUUCGUCGACUCGACUCUGAAACCGAGUUGCACCUCCAACUCAUUGGCGAAAUUCAGGCGACAGAAUUCAUGCACCAUCGAGUUCAACUUCGGCAAUGGCGGAACUCACAAGAACCACCAACCAGCUGGUGAGCCGAGUUUCGAUUCCUUCAAGAACAGUGAAGGUACGGAAGUGAAGAUCACUCUUGCUCUCGGCCAUUCCCAGUUUUCAGACUCGGGAAAACAAGUAUGCGAGAGGACGAGACGACUCACUGAGUUGACUAGGAUGCUGCAAGAGAACGUGCCAUGGCAGUAUGAAACUCUGCCUUCGAUUGCAGAGACCUUGGUCGCGGAUUCAAAAUCCGCCAUGGGAGAGACUUGGAUGCUGAUUAAGGGAAACGACAGGAUAGGUAAAAGAAGGCUGGCUCGUGUUAUUGCGGAAUCCAUUUUCGGUUCUGUUGAACUUUUGUUGCAUAUCAGCAUUAGAAACAGAGACGAUGCUGAAGCGAGACCCUUCUGUAAAAUGCUGACAACCGCCAUGAAACGAUAUGAGAAGCUUGUUGUUUUGGUGGAAGACGCUGAUUUUGCCGAUACACAGUUCGUUAAACUGCUUGCUGAUGGAUUCGAGACAAGGAUUUUCGGAGAUUUGGAUAGAAGAGAUUCAAAAUCUUGCCAAACAGUAUUUAUCUUAACAGUCUCUGAUUCUUCAAACAACUUGGAGGAGAAGAAGAAGGAGAAGAAGAAUCAGAGCUCUGUUAUAAAUAUGAAGUUGACAAUUAAGGAAAGAAGCCCGAAGAGAAAAACAGAGUGGGAAUUCUCAAACAGAGCUAAGAAGAGUCCAAGAAUCGAGGAAAAAAAUGACAUCGUAUUAACAAGGAAGAUCAAGAAAGAUUUUUCAAGGCAAUCGAGCUUCAACAGCACCCUUGAUCUGAACAUGAAAGCCGAUGAGGAAGACGAAGGUGCUGACCAGGAAAAGUUAUUACAAGGAGAGGUCAGCCCCAUAUCAAGCGACAUAACCCGCGAGACCUCGAGCAGUACUCACGAAUAUCCUCGUUCGAUCGCCAUUAACGGGUUCCUCGAUUCGAUCCGGAACCGAUUCGUCUUCGACCGGAAUCAAGCUCGAGACGCAGAGAUGAAGGAGGAUUUCAUGGCCAAGAUCAAGGCGAGUUUCAAAAAAGUGAUCGGCACAGGGAAUUUCAGCGUUGAAGAGAGGGUGAUAGAGGAGGCAAGUGACGGGUCUGGUUAUUUUAUCAACAGCUCGUUUGAGAAAUGGCUGAAAGACGUUUUCCAAACGAGCUUGAAGACGAUCAACAACGGCGGCAAGGAGAUUACAUCAAUGGAAGUUAAGCUUGGUUUCAGAGGAGCUGGUGAGGAGGAAGAUGACGGGUUCAUGGGCACGUGUCUCCCAAAGCAAAUACAAGUAUGCUUCGAGGACUAAAUGGUCAUUUCAGUCCACAGAAUUUCCAAACUAUGAAAAAUGUAUAACUGGUCUCACUUUUUAAUAGGAUGUGUUUUGGAUUUUC